AUGGAGGGCUGGCAUCCUUCACUAGAAGGUUUGUGCGAUGAGCUUCUGGGAGAGGAGCAGUUGCUGAGCCAGCGAACCGAGAGUGCGGAUGCCAUCCGCACACCGUCCGACUCUUCCGAAGAUCAGCAGAACCAGGUUCAAGGCUUAGGUACUGUGUCGAUUUGGUGGGCUAAGCUACUGAGGAAGCACAGUACACUCACAAAGUCACGUGCUGAUCACAACAGACCUGUUACAGUUCUUUCUGGAUGCACGGGUGCAGCGGCGGAGAUUGCCGUCUUCAAGGCACUUGGCAUACCGUUCGUGGUGCUGAGUGCAUCGGACCCGAGCUUGAAGUGCAGAGCAUUUGUGGAGGCCAACUACCCAGAACAUGUCCCACUGCACUGGUUUGCAGACAUAGAAGACCAGUACGAAGGCAAAGCUUGCAUAAAUCAUCCUUCCAGUGCAGGCUGUGACGCUUGUUCUGUUGGCUCUCAGGGGCUGGACUUUGCAAUCACUGGCAGCCCUUGCCACCCCUUCUCUGUUCAACGUCCCGACCGUUUCCAGGGUGGUAUUGCGGAGCAUGCCGAGUUCAACACAACAAUGACAUCAUUGUUGCGGUGGUCCAAGCGCUUCCAGCCGAAGGUAUGGGUCAUGGAACAGGUUGAAGGCUUCGACAUGCCAAUGACAAAGAAUGACAAAGACCCGGAACGCACACCAUUGCGAAUGCCAGGGCCUUAA